UGUGAGGUGCCACACUUUUGUGUGUGUGUACUGCCUGGGUGUGUUAAUACGCUGCUUAUAUCAGUUUUAUUAUUUUUAAAACAAACAUUUUCGGCAAUUUGAUGUGCACCACAUGAUGGCACAUGCAGCUGCAGCUGUUUUUUUCACAUGACGUCACAUCGGCUGUCCGCCAUGUUGGAGACCACUUUUGUUUGUCGUCAAUAGUUGAAGCGUGUUGCGAACAAAUUUAAUCUACAAUGCCAAAGCACAGAGGAAAUUAUUGUAAUGUUGAGGGUUGCUACAAUCGAUCAGAAAUUGACAAAGGAUAUAAGAUACAUUACUACAGACUACCGGCUGUUAUUAAACAUCAAGGAGAACAAUGUGAAAAUCUCAGCACUCGACGACGACGAUUAUGGCUUGAAAAGUUGAACAGGAACAUGGACGGCAAAAAUUUAUCAAAUGUUCGAAUUUGUUCAGAACAUUUUGUAAAUAAAAAAAGGGCAGACUUGUACCAAAAAGAUAGCCCAGACUGGUUACCAACUGUCAAUAUGUCGAAUGCUGUCAAGAGAAAAAGAGGGUCCAAAUCAUCUUCUGCUAACUUGAAAAAAGUUGACACAGUGGAGAAAUGUGACGCGGCUAAUGCCUUGCUACAACUAAAGGCAGUGUUUAAAAUGGAUGUACACAAUAAUUCAGAUUAUGGUUCAGAUGCUGAAACAGGUUCUUACAUGUCUGUUAGGAGAGGUAUCCAGACAAUUAUGAGAGCUAUUCGAGUUAACAAGUUUGGUGGACCGGAUGUGCUGCAGCUAGAGUCCAAUGUUCCCAUUCCAAAGGCAAAGGAAACGGAGAUAUUAAUAAAAGUUUCAGCUGUGGGUGUGAAUCCAGUAGACACGUAUAAACGUGCUGGUACAUACUCUGUACUACCUGAACUGCCAUACGUUCCUGGCUCAGACACGGCUGGUGUGGUGGAGGAGGUCGGAACUGCAGUAAAGAAGUUUCAGAAAGGUGAUCGUGUCUGCACAGUCUUCAAGAAUUCUGGCGCUUACGCAGAAUACACAGUGUGCGAUGAGAAGUUUGCCUGUUACCUCCCAGAUAAUCUAACUUUUGACCAAGGUGCUGGAAUCGGUACACCUUUUUUCACCGCAUAUAGAUCCAUAUUUCAAAGAGCUGGAGCAAAACCUGGUGAGACGAUUCUUGUACAUGGAGCCAGUGGAGGAGUUGGGACAGCUUGUGUUCAGAUAGCUAAGGCACAUGGAAUGAGAGUGUUGGGAACAGCAGGUUCCGAGGCUGGUCUGGAGCUGGUAAAGAAACUUGGAGCAGAUGCGGUUUUCAAUCAUAGAGAGGAAGGAUACACAGAUAAAAUCAAGGCAGCAACUAAAGAUGAUGGUGUUGAUGUAAUUCUAGAGAUGUUGUCAAAUGUCAACCUGCAGAAGGAUUUGGAAAUGAUCAAGCUGCAUGGACGUAUAGUGAAUAUUGGUGCUCGAGGAACGGUGGAGAUCAACCCAAGACUAACAUUAAGCAAGGAAUGUACCGUGACUGGUGUUGCUCUUGGAAACUCGUCCGAGGGUGACUGGAAGGAGAUGUGCAGUGCUAUAGAGGCGUGGAUGAAGCAUGGAUGGGUAAACCCCAAGGUGGGAAAAACAUACCCUCUGGACAAAGCAAGCCUGGCUCAUGAGGAAAUAAUAAAGACAACCAGUGCUCGGGGAAAUAUCAUCUUAAAACCAUGAAGUGACGGUGACUUCUAUAAACAAUCAGCCAUGCAAAAAUAAAGUUAUUGUACUGUGAUCUACAAAUAAGAUAAAUUAAGACCAAUCAUUUACUUUUUAACUAGAGCUUGUAGUACAGAUAAUAUGAUUCUGAUGAAUUGAAUUAUUUUUUUAUGUCUUCCAAUUCUUUCUGCAAAGUCUUCUCAAUGUUAUCCCUAUGUACAGUAAUGUAUUGCUGUGCCAUUCAUCCCCUCUUAUGUAAGAGUCCAUUUUCGCAAAUCUUAAGAGGUUUCGAUUUUUUUUUUUUUUUUUGGACAAAUUAUGUUUUUUAAAAAUAAUUUUACAAAGAUCCUGAUUAGUGUUUUGUUAAUCUUCAUAAAUCAAGGCUAAUAUUCUUUCCUCGUAUUCAGCCUUGAUACAUGUAGUCAAGAUUACUGAUAUCCACUACUAGCGCCCUCUAUUGGAAGACAAUUUGUAACACCGAUUAU